CGCUUGAUGUGGACCACCGUUUUUCCGCUUUCUAUCCGUGUGAUCAUAACUGCUCUCGUAUGCACGCAUGUUAAAUAACCGUCAAUAAUUAAUCAUUCAAAUCGUAGACAAUUACUAACGAUUUUACGAUAUAAUUUAAUUUUUCGAUAAAUAAACCAUUGCCGUUUCCGUUCACGUAUACUUGUGUGAAAACCAUAACCGCCGUUAGAUUAGCUUUACACGGCGAGUCACAAUGAUAUUCGGUUUUUUUUAAUAAUAUUGCUUUUUUUUCUCACCGGUCAAUGAAAAAAACAUGAACCAGUUGGUGGACACAAACAAUUGUAUAGUUAAGGGUGAAUUCAUCAUACCGUUCCCUGCAGUCGAAAACGACUUGAUAAUGAAGGGCUCCGAGGAAUUUUGAUCCGGCGGCCGGUCAACAAGUCCGCGACGAGUAUCAUAUGGCCCUGCUCGGAGCACUUGCGGCCACCGGCAGUAGACGCCAGGGCUGCGUGCUGCGGGCGGCGGCCGACGCUAUAACGUUCUACUGUGGCGGUGACGUGGUCAGUGGAGGCAGCAGUGGCGGUGGUGGCGGCGGUGGCAGUGGCGGCGACGGUACCGCCACCGCCGAAUACGACCCGGCCGCGGCGGCGUCCGGCCGGCUGUCCGCCGCUGCCGCCGCCGCCGCCGGCGAUCGCGGAUUCGUCGGCGACUACUUCCGGCGGCCCGUCCGGUCGGUGGCCAUCAGUGACGGCGGUUCCGGUGCCGGCGGCUACUACUACGGCACCGAAAACGGUUCGUCGACGGCCGCUGUGCUGGCCAACGCGACGGCAGGCGUGGAACCGUUCCUGAACGGUUCGUACAAUCACACGCUCGGCGCCGAGGCGGAAGACCUCACCAAUUACAUAUUCGUCAUCACCAUCGGCAUAAUACUGGGUGCGAUGAUUCUGACGACCAUUUGCGGUAAUGCGUUGGUGAUAGCAGCAAUUUUGUUGGAGAGGAAUUUACAAAACGUGGCCAACUAUCUCAUUGUCUCGUUAGCGGUCGCCGAUUUAAUGGUAGCAUGUUUGGUCAUGCCCUUAGGAGCUGUUUAUGAGAUAAGCAGAGGAUGGAUUUUAGGUCCAGAACUAUGUGACAUGUGGACUUCCAGUGAUGUACUAUGUUGUACAGCUUCCAUACUUCACCUCGUUGCAAUAGCUGUUGAUAGAUAUUGGGCUGUUACUAAUGUUGAUUAUAUACACACGAGAAACGGUCGAAGAAUAGUGGGCAUGAUUAUUGUGGUGUGGUUUGUAGCACUAGUUGUUUCACUGGCUCCACAAUUUGGCUGGAAGGAUCCGGAUUACCUAGACCGUAUCAAUAUUCAACAGAGAUGUAUGGUCAGUCAAGACAUUGGCUAUCAGAUAUUUGCCACAUGUUCAACAUUUUACUUGCCUCUACUAGUCAUCCUGUUUCUUUAUUGGAAGAUAUUUAAGAUAGCCAGGAGAAGGAUUCGCAGAAGAAGGGCUCAAAGAAAUGCUAUGAUAGAACAUUCAAGGUCAAAAAAACCAGCGGACGAUGCAGCCGCCUCGGCUGAGCCCAAAAAAUGCGGUUUCUUCCGGAAGGCUGUUUUCCUGCGAAUCAAGAAGAAGAAGGAAGUGGAAGAGACGGCCGUAUGUUCGAGCAUAGGUCUGAUCGACGGUCACUCGAGCUGUUCGAUGCCCGAGUCGUCGCAAGACGGCGGUGGAGGUGGUGGCGGCGGUGGCGGUCAGUCGAAGGCAGGCAACGGCAGCGGAAGUGGUGGCGGAAGUGUGGGUGGAAGCGGUGGCGAAGACAAGACCACCGCGUUCACGAUCACUACGAAUCACGAUCACGGGGCUACGUCGACACACCAGCACCAUCACCACCACCACCACCACCAACAUCACCAACACCAACACCAGAAUCAGCUCCAGCCCCCGGUGAUCGAGGACGACGGACCCACCAUCAUGGACCCAUCAGCCUCCCGGCAUACGAUCAUCGAGAUGAACGUGAACCGGGCAUGCGCCGCGGCGCCCACCAGGCCAAAGACGAAGCGUGAGAAGAAAGAGUCGCUGGAAGCGAAACGCGAACGGAAAGCGGCCAAGACAUUGGCCAUCAUCACUGGGGCGUUUGUCGUGUGCUGGCUGCCGUUCUUCAUCAUGGCUCUGGUCAUGCCCCUGUGCCAGGGUUGCGUGAUCAACGAGUACGUUUCCAGCUUCUUCCUGUGGUUGGGUUACUUCAAUUCCACCCUGAACCCAAUCAUCUACACCGUUUUCAGUCCCGAGUUCCGGUUGGCAUUCACCAAAAUGAUUUGCGGCACUACGUAUAGGAGAUAAUAAAAUGCGCACAUAAUUAUUAUUACUAUUAUUAUGAUUAUUAUUAUUAUUAUUAUUAAUAUUAUUACAUUAACAAUAAGUAUAAUAUACUAAAUAUCUGACGCCUUAUUAUUAUAUUGUUGUAAUUCAUGAGUAUUGCGCGUUUCUUUUGUGUUGUACAUGUGUAGGUUAUAAGUUCUGUGUGGUGUAUGUGCGUGCGUGUAUGUGUGUGUGUGUGUGUGUGUUUCCGUGUGUAUAUUUGAAUGCUUGGGACGUUAUAGGCGAUAAACGGCCAUCGGUCUUUACGAGGUCCACAAUGUCCACAGAUGGUGACCGAGAUUUACGCGAUUCAUUGUGACCAAGACUGAGCAUAAUACUGCUGUGGGGUGUCGUAAAAUCCGUAGAACGAUAUUUCAGUCGAUAAUACACACACACAUUUUACACGCUCACCCACCCUCACUCGCUUCGCUCGAGUGUUAUGUCCCCGUUUUAAUCCGUUCAAGACCAUUAUUAUCAUUAUUAUUAUUAUUUUACGGGAAGAAACGACAUUAUAUUAUUAUUUACCUACACCAUUGUUUCGCGACGUUAUAACAUAGCCAUUGUCAUGGCACGUAACAUAUACAUUCGAUAAUGUCGGUAGAAAACUUUGUCCCGUUUAAAGGCCACAAUGAAAUGAUGUAUCAAAAAACAUAGGCUUUAUGUGUUUUCACUAAGACCUGUUAAAACAAUUCCCGUUAAAUGUUUUAUAUUUUUCACUUGAAUACUCUUUAAAUAGGUCUCGAAAAGUGAAUACUCGUGCCAGGUUCCAAUCAACGUUUAAUGUAUGAGUGACCGAUGAUUGGCCCGUUCAAUUUUAGUGAAUCAUCAAAUUAAAUCUAAUUAAAUAUAUUAGUGACCCGACAUUAGUAUCGUUUAUAACAUAACAAUAUAGAUAAAUCAUUUUAUUAAUUCACACGUGAUAAAACGGGAAAAUUACAUUUUUUUUUUUAUGAUUUUCAUUUGUAUGUAUAGAGCUUUUGCUAUGCUGUUGCUGCUAUUGCUGGAAAUUGAAGUCGGCCGGUUCGACUACUAUUCCGUUAUUAAAUUGUUUAAAUUAUAGUUAUAUAGGCUUUAAAUACUCGCCCAGAGCGUUUUACUGUUAAACUAUAUAUAUAUUAUCCAUAUUUAAUGGAAAAUCAUAUGAUCGGAAUUUGUAAAUACAACUAAUUAACUCGCUACUAUAGCUUGUCAUUUUUUUUUUCAUAUAAAAAUAAUAAUUGUACAAUAUUAAAGAAAAAUUUACAAAUGUGAAGUUAGUCAAAACGGAUAAAGUAAAAACUAAAAAACAAUGUUCAACAGUAAGAUAAGUUGUUAUUUGCUCAGGAUAUACUUAAAAUUUAUUUAUUCACUGUGUAAAUUAUAAUUUUGUUUAUUAGUUACUUCCGGUCAUGCCGAUUUAAUAAUAUGUUUUAAUAUCAUUUCCGAUUGUAAAAUACAAUAAAAUUAUAUUGUGUUAAGUGUAAAGAAAUAAAUCAACUUAAACCGUUUUGACUUCCCACGCUGUAAUAUAAACUCAAUUGUAAAGAUUCUUGUCAUUUAAUUACCUAUACUAAACAUUUUUUCAAUAUUGUGUUGAUUAUAUCAGAUACCCUCUAGUGGUAAAUUGUUAAACUGCUCUAAACUGUUUUGGUUUCUAGUCAGAAGUUAUGAUUUUUAAAUUGCUACUUCAGUUUAGAGCAAUUAAAUUAUGUUAAAAGUUUAUAUAUUACAUAUUAUUAUCAUUGUUAUUAUUAAGUUCGAUAUUCAAAUAAAGUAGGUACAUACACCUACAUAAACCGAAAACCCUAUUUAUUGUUCUAACAUAAUAUAAUAACACAUUAUUAUUAUUAUUUUAAUUAU